UCGUAUAUAUACAACUCUAAAAACAAAGAUCAUAAAAAAGAGUAAAAUGUCAUCAUAAAUAACGUUUACAGUGGCAUAUUUGUGGAUAAAUCGCUUUCAAGUUAUUCUAUAUAAUGCUGUUCAAAGAGAGAAGAUCGAAAGAUGACAAGGGCUGUUUGUAUUUUGUAUACUUAACCAAAACAAAUGGGCUCAUUAUUUUGUCAACAGUAUUUCAACUGAAUCUACAUUGAUUUGCUGUUUCAUAAUUUGAUUAUUACUGUCAUUUUGUCAGAUGAAGACGGAAAGUUUUAUAUACUUCCUUUCACCAGAUCAACUCGUUUUAGCAUAACAGUGGGUUAUAAAUAUGAAGGAACACAUUUCAAGCAUAACUAUAUUAAAGAGAGAACUGAAAAUCCCAGAAAAGUAUUUGAUAUGGACAAAGGAAAAGAUUUGUGCUACUGUGCACAAACAGUGGUUGACUAGCUUUAUGAAUCUUAAUCCUGUUGAUUUUAUUAUGCACGACCAAUUUAAUCCUGACGAAAUAGCUGCUCAACCUUCAUUAGCUGAAUUGGGUCCUGGCUGGACAAAAGUUUACAUCAAGGUAUACAAAAAGAAACAUAAAAACGCUUUUGCUCUUCCAAGAGAAAGAUGUUCUUUAACUAGUUCAAAAGCAGAAACAGAGUUAACAUUCUCUCAAGUAUUACAUUAUGUGGCCAAGACUAACUACCAAAAUUUGUGGAAAGACUUUUACAAACGAUAUUAUGCUCCAUGGAUCACAUCAGAUCAUAAGGAGCAAAUAAGUAUAGUAGGAUGUACAAAUUAUGUAGAAAUAAUAAAGGAAAUCAUAACGCGAAUGUACGGCUGUUCUAUAAUUCAGUACCAAAAUAACAACGUAACGCUUGUAAAAGCUGCUGCAGUUAAUAAGAAUCAUUGUAAUUUAUUGCCAGCCGUUUUAACCAUAGAAACAGAGUCUGCCUUUGUAAUAUUUUACGAACAGACAGCCAAAUAUUCCCUAAGAGAGUGUGUAACAUACAGUCCGUCUGCGAUAUCAGCAAGUUACGCGAAACCCCUUUUUCUUACAUUCCAGCUACUUAGGCUAUCUAGAGAUUUGCAUGAUUGUGGUUUAUUAUUGGGUGAAGUUACACUUAGUGAUGUGCUAGUUAUGAACAAUCUUAACAUACAGGUUUUGCCAAAUAUAGAAGAUAAUAUUUACUUAUUGCAAAAAUCGAGUGACAGUGAGUGUAUUAAGGUCAAGGAGAAAUCUAGUACAAAAAGCGAUAAGAAUUUGAAUAUUAGCGCACUCUGUGAGAUGUGGGUGCAUGGUAGAUUAAGCAAUUUUGAUUAUCUGACAGCUCUAAACGAUUUAGCUGGUAGGAGAUAUGGUGAUCCGAGCUGUCAUCACGUUAUGCCAUGGGUAACGGAUUUCACCUCUAGAUGUGGCGGAAAUUGGAGAGAUUUCGCAAAAUCGAAAUUUAGAUUAAACAAAGGCGACAGACAGCUUGAUCUGACGUUCGAUUCUGAAACUACUGGGGUGGGUUAUCAUGUCUCAGAUGUGUUGUCAGAAAUAACUUAUUACGUUUAUCUUUCAAGACGUUAUUCAAGAUCUAUUUUGUGUAAGCAUGUGAGGCCUUUGUGGGUACCAGGUGAAUAUCCUGCAUCGAUUCAACGAUUAUUUGACUGGACGCCAGAUGAAUGCAUACCACAAUUUUUCACUGAUCCUAGUGUUUUUAAAUCCAUUCACGAAGACUUACCUGAUUUGGAAAUCCCAAGCUGGGCAACAUCACCAGAAGAUUUCAUUGAAAAACACCAUGAAGCCUUAGAAAGUUCUUAUGUCUCUGAGAGAUUACAUCAGUGGAUUGACUUAACUUUUGGCUACAAGCUUUCAGGUUCAGCUGCUGUCAAAUCGAAAAAUGUCUGCUUACAUCUCGUCGACAAUCACACAAAUCUUUCCAACAGUGGAGUCGUGCAACUUUUUACUAGUCCACACCCCCAAAAAAUCGUACAAUCCCCUUAUUGGAAUAAAGUUCCACCUCGACUGCGCAGUCUCUCCGCAGACGAGUACAGCAUGAGAUUAAUGAUGGGUAGUGACGAAUUUAUCAGCAAGUCUGCUGACUCGGAGCAGCCUCAUCGCAACUCGGGUGACGAGGAAGAAGAGCUUUUUCACGCGGCAGGUGCAACAUCGUCAAACACCAUCAGAGCAUCUCCAUUGACUUUUGGCCGACUGCUCAGUAGAUCGCGCAGCUCUCUGCCCCUUGUAGACGAUCAGGAAAAAUCGGUCAAAGAGAAGCUUAACGAGCAGCCGAUUCUUCUGCCAAAGGACUUCAAUCCUGCCGCAGCUUUGAUUCAGGUUGAGACGACACAUGCCUUUAUCAAUAAAGUCAGCCACGAAGUGUACCAGCCGAUUAUGUCAUCAUCCGAUGGAAUGAAUAAUCAGAGGCAAGUUUUGGCCGCGGCCAGGGUGAAGGAGCAACAAAUACUGGGCUGUCUGAUCGUUGAAAUAUUCCUCGCUGAGAAGUUUCGGGCGAUAUGGAAGGUCGAUAAGGGAUCGUUUGAAAAUCGACUGAGCGCUAGUCUGAAUGUAGUUAAAAUUUCUCCCAACGCGCUGCCAAAGUGCGUGCAAAAUGCGGUGAUGCUUCUACUGAGGAUCGAUGCUUUGCCAAAAACUUACAACAUUGAUUUUACAGAGGCAAAUGAUGGUAAUGUCUCGACAUCAUCAGAUCAAGCAAAUACUAACGUUUGUAGAUACCCGACAGUAACAUACAUGGGAUUACCACCACCUUCUGCGCAUCAAAUUCUUCAGCCUAUCCUGACGGGCCUAGUGUUUCCCUCCUCCAAGUAUCUACAGUAUUUGUACGGAGUCGUCGAAAUGAUUCAAGACUACAAUAAUUUGUGUCGUGAAUUGGAUCAAGUGACGCAAAGUCUCGAGGACGAUGGAAAUCUUGAAAAAACGAAAGUUAUAUUUCUGUGUAAAAUAAACGAGUGCAAGGUCAAAGCGAUCGCCAAUGAGCUUGAAAAGCUUCUUCCACAAACUGAAAUAGCCACAGAGACGAGUAUCCAAUUGAUUGUUCCUCACGUCAAGGAAAUAUUUGAACAGCCUCUGAGCGCUGUUCUUGCUGCUUGGCACCUUUUCGAUCCUAUUGCUAGAGCCAUCGGCCCAAGAGAAACUGCAAAGGUAUUUUUGGUUCCUAUUAUGAAUCUUUAUGACAGAGGUUCCCUCAUGGAUAAGUUGUCAUUUUCAACCAUAUUGCCUGGAAACUUGGUCACGAAAUUCAAGACUGUUAGAUUAUAUCAUAGAAGUUUUUUGCUAAAACUGAUGGUCCGUCUUGGCUUAAAGUGUUUUUUAGAGAAUUUCAUAACUCCUCUAGUGGAGGCUGUAGGUGGUUACAGAAAUCACCUAUUGGGCUCGUCAAAUUUUAAUAUUGAUAAAGCAGGCAUUUUAAAGGAUUGUGAUUUAACUGGUAGUACUAGUGAUGUAGAUAACAUUCUGUCCCCUCUUGACGAAGACUCCUCCGUUGAGUCAGAGAAUAUACUUUCGAUGUCGAGUGAAUGUAAAGCCGAAGUAAGUACAAAAUGUGAUGGUGCUUCUGAAAAUAACGACGAUGUAUUUGUCAUGGAAACGGAGGACGUUGUCACACCAUCCCCUAACGUUGAAACCCCUCACAGUCUCAAUUUUGAUUUUAAUCUCGAAAUCGAGGACUUCUCAAACGAGGCAAAGUUGCUCUUUUCAAGUAGCGCCAAAUCACCGACCAUUCCCAUACCAAAGACUUUAGAUGUUACGUCCGGGAAAUCCAUGCCGGAAUUCAAUAGCAUUUGCUGUAAAGUAGGAAGCACGACAACGAGCGAGGAUCUGGUGUUUUCUGGGUCGUACUAUAAUGAAUCAAAUAAUCCUUCAAAGUACGAAGGUAGCGCGAUUCAAGACGAGGGUAGUAGUUCGACCGAGCUGGAGUCAUCGUUUGUCUACGUGCAUAAAGAAGACGAUACGUCAAGCAAAAAAGACGAUGAAGAACAUCAGACACGCCGUCGAUUCACGUAUAGCGAGUGUACGGCCUCGGAGAUGAGCGCUGAGUCGGUCAUUUGGUUGUCGCACAGGCUCGGACCCGUGCUCACUUCUCGAUACCUUUCCCGCAAUCUUCUGAGAAUGCUGACCCUCUGCUACUUUGGACGUGAAAAUUUGACACCGAUUAUUGAUAACGUUACGUCUACCACGAGCGCUGCUGAAAAGGUUGACGAUCUCGAAGCCAAUAGGCUUAAAUUGUCGGGUGACGUGAAUGCUGUUAAGGUACUUGAGUGCCUCAGUGCCAUCGUUGGCUUGUAUGGGGAACAAACUAUUAUUUCGCAAUACCUCUCCCACAUGACAGAGUUAGUAGCGCAGUGUAAACGCAAACUAACUCCGAAUUUAGAAGGUGGACUGGUCUCGUGUCUCAUCUUGCUUAUCCAUGUGAUUCCGUAUUUAAACGAUACAUCGUUGAUGGACGUUAUUCAUGAAGUGAUAGUAAAAUCAAUAUUGCUCCCGACAGUUCGAAUCUUAUCGACUAGUAAAUUUUCGUUUCCCAAUGGAGCGAUGGCUCGAUUUGUUUUGGCUAAUAAAUAUCUCGAAACAUUAUUCAUUUUGAUAAUCCGUUUGGGUAACGUUAUGGCAAAAAAUCAUUUGACAGUUCCUAUUCAAAGAUUAUUCAUGGCUUUUGAAAAAGUUUUCAAUAGCGAAAAGUCUGAUAAAAAUGAAGAAAAUGCAUUGAGUACUUUGAAAGAAAGUAAUCCUCAAAGUAAUUUGCAAUCCAAAUCAGGUAAUGAUUUGACAACUAACGCAUCGUUUUCACCUUCCACAACAGAAGACACGAGUAAUUCGGAUUUGAAAAAAUACAAGGCUUUUGAAGAAUUAAAAGAAGUUUUCUCAGCUUCGCUCGCUCACAAAGCUUAUGCAGCCUUAUACCGGCUCCUAAGCGAUGAAAUUAUGGACGAAUUGAUAAAAAAUCACCAACUCAUUCGUAAUCUCUUUCAAAAAUUCGAACAAGAACUACUAUUUCCUGUAUCGUCUAAUAUUCCUUCAGAAAAUAAAACAUUUUUAGACUGCAACGCCAAAGGUUUUGGAAAAGUAUCCACAAUCAGUAAUAAAAUUAAAAUGAAGGAUUUCAUAAGAAGUCGAUCUCAAGGAGCUGAGAGCGAAGGAGCUAGAGAAUCGAGUCCCUUUUCGUUGGCCGGACGACAGCUAAGAGGAAACUGGUUAGCCUACUGGGAGCACGAAAUCGGCAGAUCCGACAAGGACACAAAGUUCAAUGUCAAGCAAAUCAAACUUCAAAGUUUUUCCGGACACACCAACAGCGUCAGAUGCUUGUACGUCCUGGACAACGAAAACAGCUUUAUGAGCGGUGCUCGUGACCGUACCGUCAAACUGUGGAGCUUGCGAAGCCAGGGGGAUGGUAGCGUUAUCUCAUCUUGCCAGUAUACGUAUAGCGGACACAAAAAAUCAAUCCUCGCAAUGACGUUCUUGGAAUCACUUCGAUACGCAGUGACGUGCGACGGAGCCGUGCACUGCUGGGAUCCGUUCAUGGGUUCGUACCUCGGCUGUCCCGAGUCUCCACGGCCUACACCCGUCAAUGUAUUAGUGGCUAGUCCAGCUCCUUCAACGACGAUUCUUGCCGCCACAGCUGACAUAACGUUGAGAGUCAUCGAUUGUCGAACAUUCCAAUACGUCAACGAAAUGAAGGUAUCUAUGAAUCCUACUGGGCUGAUAAGGUGUAUAGCCGUUGCUCCAAGUGGUCACUGGGUAGCUCUGGGUCAAGCUUCUGGUUUUCUAACUAUACUGGAUAUUCGCACUGGGUUGAUAAUUGCGUCUUGGAAAGGCCACGAGUGCGAGAUCCUGCAGUUAGAAGUAUUGAAUGAAACUACAAUUAUCAGCUCGUCUCUUGAUCAAACGAUUGCAGUAUGGAGUGCAACCGAUGGAAAAUUAAAGUUUUAUCUAAAAGGAGUUACAGAACCAAUACACUGCACAGCUGUGUACGAGCAACAGCUUAUAUCGGGAACAACGGCGAAUCGAAUCGGUGUACAUUCGGUAGCUGAAGCUUCAGGAGCGUAUUCUUUUUCCAAACUUCGACACGAAGCUUUUAAAGGAGUGUUAACUGCAAUGGCACUUCUUCCACUUAAUAGAUUAUUACUCUUGGGAGCUGACAAUGGAAUAAUUAAUUUAAUAUGUUGAGGGGCGAAAGAGAGAGAAAAUUUUUUAUCAACCAAAUGUAA